AACCAUCAAGAUCAACUUCCAUCAUUCCAGAAAUAUGGUUGGAAAGAGGAAGGGUUCGACUAACUCACGCAAGCCAAGGACUAGGUAAAUGCUUUACCAUUGCUUUAUGAACUGUAGAGUACUCUCUGUAGAGUAGCUUUACAUUCAAUAGCUUCACAUUGAAUCUCUACACUUAAUGAGGGAGUCCAAAACCUUGAAAAGUGCAGAAUAUGCCAAUGGAAACAAAUGCCAAAGGGGUGGGACGAAGAAGGUCUUCAUCUGAGAGUCAGGGGGAUCAUCUGAGUAGUACCAUAAACCCUGUUAAUUAUAACGUUCCAUUGAUUACUCCGAAUACUGAUAGAUGCUUAUCACAACCUAAUAUUUCGGGGUUCAUUGAUGAUACCUACCAUGCAAAUGCUGGGACCCGGCUACAAACUAGACGUGCUGUGGGGGGUUCCAAUAUUGAAAAUGAAAUCCGUACUAAGAGGGAUUUUGAAAACAUUGAGGAUCGGAUUAUUUCAUGGGAAAACGAAGCUACUAAUUCUGUACAAUCAUUAGAUGUUAUUGAGUAUAAGCAUAGUUUGUUUUGUACAGAAAUAGAUAAGCUUAGAUCUAAUGCUCUGAUGGGAAGGGUGGAUUUUUGUAUGAUUGGAGAUCUUGGAAUCCUAAAGAGCAGAUUAGAUGCCAUUCGUAAAGAUGCUAGGAGAUUAUUCAGAGCUAAUCGUGAAACUGCAGAAUGACGAUGUUUUUACUCCUAAUCCUAGGGUUAAUAAUACACCUCCUAAUGAUCGCCUAGACCAUGCCGAUUUAGAUUUAUCUGUUAUCCGAUCGCCUACUGUUCCUAAUAAUGUUGAACCGAUAAUGACUUUAAAUCAGAAUUCAAGAAUUGAUGCUGAUUUAGUUAGAUCCAACGACCCUACAAUGAGGGGGGAACCUGCUAAAGAAUGUGAACCUGUCAUUCUUGCAUCAUUGGGAAAUCUUAAAAAUGAUCCUAGACCCAGGUUUCAAGUUAUAUCUACCUGUACUGAUACUUGGAGAGGGGAAACUAAUUCUAAGUAUGCCAGACUGGACAGUAAAGUACAGGAAAUUGAAAGAUCUUUAUGUGUACUGAGUAAGUCUAUAGUAGAGAACGACAAGACACAGGAUGAAAUAAAACUUCGUAUUGGAGAGUUCAAUAAGAUUUUAAAUGAGGUUAAAUUAAGGAUAGAUCAACAGGAUACUAGAUAUUCAGCACUAGAUGUAGCUAUAUGUACACUGCGUACUGCAAUUAAUGAUAGAUUUAAUCAAGUGGAGACCUGGUUUAAUGAUAUAAGAGCUAUGAAUAGUCCUGAUUGCAUUAAAUGCAGACUGAUUGAAAAAAGAUCUUUAGAACUAAAAAUGAGCCAACAUCCUGAAGCUAGAACUAUCCUAGCCCCCCCCCCUUCACCCAUUGCAUGAUGGAUAUAGCUUACGGUUUCAAGGGACAAGCAUACAAAAGAGCAAGGAUGGGUAUAAAAGUGUAUGCCUUAGUUAUUGUAUGUAUUCUGUCUGGUGCAACAAAUAUUUUAGCUGUGGAAGGAUUAGAAUGUCAGGAUGUAAUAUCUGGGAUUGAGAGACAUGCCUCCAGGUAUGGAGUCCCUGCUACACUGUUUGUAGAUUCUGGAACUCAACUCAAGGCUUUAAAGCAUGCUAGUUGCUCAGUUCGGGAUGUAGAGGCUCAGGUCCAGGACUCUUUAGGUAUCAGGAUUGUGGUCUCUAACGCUAAAGCUCAUGAGGAGAGAGGAAGGGUUGAGAGAAGGAUCCGGACUCUUAGAGAAAGCCUGGAGAAACUAGGAAUACAAAACUCUUUACCUAUGACAUCUAUUCAAUGGGAUUGUUUAUUUGCUAAGAUCUCCAAUACUAUGAACAACCUUCCUAUUGCUAGGGGAGAUACGUCUAAUGCUUCUAAAUUAGGAUACGAAAUUAUUACACCUAACCAGUUGGUGAUGGGUAGGAAUAAUUUCCGAUCUUUAGAGGGUUCGGGGGUUUUCCUUGAGAUGAGCUCUAAUUAUACCCGGAUACUUGAAAGAAAUCGUCAUAUUUAUAAUUCUUGGUUUCAAGGGUUUAUUGAUAAUAUACACUUAUUAGAUUUGCGUCCUAAAAAAUGGUUGAAAUCAAGCAGAUUUCCUGUCAUAAAUGAUAUUGUAUUAUUUGUGUUCAAUGAUGGGGGUUAUAGUAAAGAAUCUACAGUUUGGAGACUUGGAAAAAUUUCCAAGGUUGGAAAGAGAACUGUUACUGUUGAAUAUCACAUUGGGGAUUCCAGGUCCAGUACACUUGUUGAGCGGAGCAUCAGAGAUAUCAGUAUAGUUUACUCUGUGGGAGAACUGAUGAUCAAUACUAAUGAUCACUUCAAAAAAUGUAAUGAUCCUGGGAAGGUUUAAUAUCCGGAGUAUUAACUUCUCCAGGGUUACUAUUGAACUGAUACUGAUUGCUCGAAUUGAUUACUGGGAUAUUUGGAAUCUUAUAUACAUUGCUGAACUGAGUAGGAAAAUAUUGAACACAAAUUUGCUAGAUUUUUUGACAGGGAUCGUUGUUGCAACCAUUGUAUUGUAUGAUAGUGUAUAUAAUCUUAUUUUUUUAUUUAGCUUGAUUGGAGCUGCUGAGUUUUGGGAGGAGAUUGGACGAAGGAUUGAGGAGUCCCGUAGGAGAGAAUAUGAUGAUUUAUUAUCUCUACUGAUCCCUCAACCAGGAGAGAAAACCUGGGGAGAGAAGAGAGUAUUUUGGAAGGUUGAGAUGGUUGCAGAAGUAGUUGGUUAUCGCCAUCGGAUUGCAAGAAAAAAGGACAAGAUGUGUAUGGAUAAAUACUUGGAUGGGAUAGACAAGGUGAACCUAGAUGUACCUGGAAUAGGGCGGAAGGAUGAUUAUCUACCUAUGGGAGCUCCUAUCUUGGAUUAUCUCACGGAGAAUGUGAGAGCUGGAGCUGGUUGGAAAUAUCCUAAACUAGAAGAUUUGGAAUCUUAUCAGAGUAAUCGGGGUUUAUCUUGGGAUAUGCUGGAUCAGGUUGAGGUGAGGGAAUUAAUCUGUGGAGUGUCUUCUGAAGAGGAGAUCAAGGAUACCCAUCACUGGUUGAGAGAUCAAUAUGGCAAGGAUCAAGAGAGGUUUGGAACUCAAAUCAUAUCCAUGGAUGUCGAGGAUGUAUUCUGCACUCAUUAUGAUAUCUUGAGGAUGGCUGGAGAUCUUGAGAUCACAACUAAUAAUUCGGUUCUAAACUCUAAGCCUGAGACCUAUAGGAGAUCUGGUUUGGCGAAGGAUGUACACAAGAAUAUCCCUGGUAAAUUGAUGAUCGGUAAUGGAAUUUCUUGGGCUCUGAUCAUAUCAUUGGACCUGCAUCGAAAUGAGAAGGAUGAAUACUUGCUAGAAAGGAUGUCUGUUCAGCCUGGAUUGUUGAAUUUGCUCCGAGAUCUUCCCGUGUCUGCAGGACUUGGAGUCCGGAGAGACGUUCGGGAGAUUGAGGAGUUUUAUUCUACCAUCUCUGGAGUCCAUGUGGAGCUUGCUAACGGGUUCAUUGAUCUGGCCUCUAUGGCAGUUGUUGCUGGUUACAAGUUCCAUGCAAAGAACAUGACUGCACUGGGAGUUCAGAUACUGGGAACAUUGCUCAAUAAAACUGUAUCCACUGGUGAUGAUCUAUGGGGCCUACGUUGGGCGGAGAUACCUGCAUCCUUACAGGUUUAUGGAUUAGGAGAUCUGAAGUUUGGGUUUAUAGUUUAUAAUGUUCUAGCAGGAGUGUUGCUGAGGGAUUUAUUUCCUGAUCCUGACAUAGUAUGUAGAUACUUGGAGUGUGAUCAAGAGGGAGCGGUCAACUGGUUCUUGGAGUGGUUGUUUCUGAGCUUGGAGGGGACAGAAUUUCAUGCAGAUUCUGAGGAGAGAGCUGUUACCAGGAUUGAUCUGUUGAAAUCCCUACGUCAUAGAGAUUCUAGAGAUAAACUGGCUUCUGGACCUCCGCCUUAUAUUAUGAUCUGGACCAGAUUAUUGGGUUCCUGGCCUAGUAUAACUCAGGGUGGAUGCAGGUUUCUAAUCCAGUGCAGGGAGUGGUUCCUAGUUCAAAUCAGGAUCUUGGCCAGGGCAAGACUGCAGUGGAUGGAUGGCAGAGUGCUCAGGUUACCAGCAGAGGAUGAUUUGAUGUAUGCCAGGUUCGGUCUUAGUCCGGAGCAGCUUGGUUCUCCUGACUGGAGACAGCCUGCUCGGCCUGGUUCUGGGAUGGGAAGGCCCAGAGAGAUGCCGGUUGCUGUGGUGAGAUUUGAUCCUAGUACUACUCGGAGCUCAGAGAUCGGGAGAUUGUGCUCGGAGCUAGGAAGACCUCAACGCUGGGCUAUAUUAGAGUGGGCUAGAUUGUUCCCGGAGAAAUUGCAGUUUUUCUUCAACAGAAUGGCCAGGGAUAAGGGUUUUUGUAUUUUCUAUAGAUCUAUCUAUGAUUGUCUCCGUCUCUUAUAUCUCAGGAUAUUCGGUCAAGCUCCUGUGAGAGUGAUGUUGGUGGAGAAACAGCUGUAUGAGUGUAUUGAUAGGAUGUUGGAUCAAGAACGUUCUGCUCUGGAACGCUGUGAGAUAGAGGUUGUGAUCCGGAGAUCUAGAGUUCUAUGGUUGGAAGAGGUAAAGAGUGAUUGGAAGUUUAAGGAGAGAUCUAGGUGGAAGAGUGGAUUGACUCCUUUACCUAGCUGGAAAAGAAAGUUCUCUCAGAAACGGUCUGGUUCAGUUUCUAGUGGGAAAGGAGCUGGCCAACCUAAGGAGAAGAAGGUGAAACUUGCUAAAGAGGAAUCUGUCCUUGUCCCUGUGCAGAUUGUCAUAGAUUCGUCUGAGGUCAAUAGUGCAGUUAGGGCUGAGGAUAGUGUUGCUAGCUCUGUGGGCGUGUUAGAGAUGAUGUCUAAGUCUGUUCAGACAGAUGAGACUACAGGAGCUGGAAGGAGUAGGGAUCUGUCCAAGAAGAAGGUUGGAGGAUUCCGGAGUCGGAGCAGGUCAAAGAGAGGAGAUGAGCUGAAGAUCAAGUUUCCUCCGAUUGGAUCUGGGAGGGUUCAAGUUCCUGGUUCUGGUGACAUUAAGAAAGUUGAGAAGAAGAGUUAUAAACCUGGUUUUAUUGAUGAUCUUAUUGCCAAGGAUAGUAUGCAGGUGAUUGAUGAGGUUGGAGAUGAGAUUGAUGAUGUUGGACAGGUGGAUGAUGUUGAGGCUUCCGUUGAUUCCUGUCCUAUGCUCACUACACGUCGGAGAGAGAGGUCUAGUUCUAGAUCUAGGGUUUUAGCUGUACCUAGAGUUCUGACUUAUGAUGAGAGAAUUGAAGCUGAGGACAGGUUCAUGGAAGAAGAUGAGUUUGAGUUUGAACUCAACCCUAAGGAGAGUAAAUUUUAAACGGAACAAGUGCCUGUUCAUUAUUGUUGAAAUACAUUUUUUAUGAAACUUUGAGCUUUAU